CCCUGUUUGAAACUCCUCUUACUUUGAAGCUGGCAAGUUGUUCAACUUUUUCCACGACCAGCACUUCAGUGGUACUUUCUUGAUUAGGUUUAUGCGCUCCGUUCUGUUGCGCGAUGCCUUGGAUCUGACCUGUGACACAUUGACGCAGGAUGGCUCCUUUUGGAAAAAACUUUCUGAAAGCGCGUUUGAAGAACAGUUGAGAGGCAGAGUGUUCUGUUCUUUUCACCUUCAGUGGUUCUGACAGUGUUUCUGGUGAUGUAUGUAACAGGAUGCUGGUGGUCACCAUUGAUUUUCCCACAAGACAAACACAGGUCUAAGGUUGUAGAGGAGACACCAGGGAAGGAAAUCCAGGUGCGUGUGUGUCACGAAGAAAAAGUAGUCUGUGGUGUGACCAAGCACACAACCUGUGCAGAUGUAGUUAAGGCUUUAUUGGAGGACCACAAGACCAUACCAGAGAGUAAGAGGCUCUUAGAUGGGGAACCUAAAGACUUCUGCAUCCUGGAACGAUGGAAGGGUUUUGAGAGAGCACUGCCACCUCUUACUCGGAUCCUUCGGCUAUGGAAUGCUUGGGGCGAUGAGAGACCUUUCAUAGAGUUUGUCCUCAUGAAGACCAGUGACUUUGUGCCAUCAUCCAAGGGAGCAAAGAGGGCCUCAAAGUCUCGGGGAGGGAGGUCCAAGAGAUGGGACCAAGGACCUGCACAGUACGCCAAGACGGUGUCUACGGACAAGCAGAAGCGCAUGGUGAAGAAGGCCUUCCGCAAAUUAGAGAAGAUCCAGAAAGGAGAGACAUCCGAGGGCUCAGAAGAGAUCAAUAAGCUUGUAUGGUUGAUCAUCUCCCAGGAUCAGACCAUCCGGCAGCAGAUUCACCAGAUGCGUGAGCUAGACUUGGAGAUUGAACGUGCAGAGGAACAACAGAGUAACAGCCCCACGCAUCGCUCCAGCAUCACCGAGAGCGAUGACGGCCAAUCGCUGUCCAUGUCCCAAUUUGACAUCCAGCUUCAGGAGUACCUGUACACCAGUGAUGGAAUCGAGCAACUAGAACUACAUGUCAGCAGGCACCAAGAACUCAUUGACCAGCUCUCUCAAGAUAUUGACUUAGAGCUGAGGAACUGGACUUCAGAUUUGGAGGAUUUAAAAGGAGCAGCAGCUGCUUGUCCAGAACUAGAGCUGGAACCCAACCUCUCAUUGUCCUCCUCAGAUCUCGUAGAGCUGGAAAGCUUACGCAAAGAAUUAGAGGCAAGCAUGAGAGCUGGGCUUUCCCUCCAUGUCCAAAUGCAGGAUAUCGAGAAGGAACUGCAGCGGAACAAAACAGACCUGCAGUCCCAGAACCAGGAAUACCAGCAUUUAGUUGCCCAACUCAGUGUGCUUGAGCUGGAGGCCUGUCUGGACCAGCCUAGCCCUGUUUCUCUGAAGAGCCAGAUCAGGGCCACUGUCUCUCAGCAGACAGUAGGCAAGGUAAGACAGACAUGCUCCCCUACAGAUGCAAUAGACACCGACUCCGACACUGGAAUAAGCUCUACUCACAGUCAGGACUCACUGUCGCCCUGUGUGGACAGGUCGCCGCCUCUGGACACUGAUGUUUGAAGCUGAGGAUUAAUUGUGUUCUUAAUACAUACAUGUGCUCAAUGACUCCAACAACGAAACAGACAGCUUAAAGGGAUAUUUCACCAAAAAAAAUGACAAUUCUGUCAUCAUCAAAAAUAUAUUUUGAAGGAUGCUCAUUGACAUUCACUACAAAAAAACACUGAGACAUUUCUCAAAAUAUCUUCUUUUGUGUUCCACAGUAGUGAGAAUAUCAUAUAAUUUUGGGAAAAUAUGAGUAAAUGAUGUGUGAUCCCUUCAACAUUUGCUGUGCUGUUAUAGUUAUAUGUAGAGAUAGAUGUGAAUACAUUUUUAGUCAUCUCAUGUUUUUCUCGCUAUUAGAAUUCAUGUGCACUUAAA